AUGGCAUGCCCAUUUGUGCGAGAUGUGCUGGAUGAAGAAGCACUUGUGCUGAGGAGAGCCUUCAGGCGAGAAAGGGUCUUCAGGGACCGGUUGGACCCACUGGCCUUCCCUGAUGACCAUCUAUAUGAAAGAUACAGGUUUUCUGCAGAUGGCAUCAGGUAUCUAUGCAGACUACUGGGUCCCAGGAUUAAGCACCGCACUGCACGGAGCCAUGCACUGAGUGUGGAGCAAAUGGUUUGUGUGGCCUUGCGCUUUUUUGCUAGUGGAGCCUUCCUGUACUCAGUGGGGGAUGCAGAACAGCUGAACAAGGCCACAAUUUGCCGCACAAUAAGGAGUGUGUGUCUGGCUAUCAAAGCAUUAGCAGAUGUCUUCAUCUCCUUCCCUGGCCACAGAAGACUCUGUGACAUCAAAGAGGAGUUCUAUAGGAUUGCAGGUUUCCCCAAUGUCAUUGGUGCAGUGGACUGCACACACAUAAGGAUAAAAGCCCCCUCAGGUGCCCAUGAGGCCGAUUUUGUGAAUAGGAAAUCCUUUCACAGCAUUAAUGUUCAGAUGGUCUGCAAUGCUGACUGUGUGAUCAGCAAUGUUGUGGCAAAAUGGCCUGGCUCAGUCCAUGACUCCAGAAUCUUUCGGGCCUCUGAAAUCUAUCAGUGCCUAUCACAAGGUGAAUUCUCUGGUGUGUUGCUGGGAGACAGGGGGUAUGGCUGCCAGCCUUUUCUCCUGACACCUUUCACAGACCCCCAGGAAGCACAGCAGGCCUACAACCAUGCCCAUGCCAGGACCAGGGCCAGAGUUGAAAUGACCUUUGGCCUCCUGAAGGCACGCUUUCACUGCCUUCACAAAUUAAGGGUCAGCCCUGUUAGGGCAUGUUAUAUUACUGUGGCUUGUGCUGUCCUCCACAAUGUGGCCUGCCUGAGGAAGGAGAGGGCCCCCAGAGUGCCACCAGCCAUGGACUGGGACAAUCCGGCAAUCUUCCCUGAUGACGACAGUGGUCGGCUGCUGAGGGACCAAUAUGUGUUGAAUUAUUUUAGUUAGUGUGCUUUCAAUUUUGGUUAAAUAUGUCCUGCGGUGGCAGAGGAAUUUGGUUUUUUUGGGGUUCGUUUUUUGACGAAUUUGGCCUCUUAUGCUGUUUGUGUGGUAUACUGUGUGUAAUACAAGGCUGCAGGGAGGCUACUGCAUCCAUUCAUUUGUCUGUUCAGUUGAUGUGUAUGGAUUUGUCCUGCAUUUAUUUUAGUGUGCAGACAUGCAGGGUGUGUUAUAUACAGACCUUUGAAUGUGUAUGUAUCAUUUUGUAUAAUAUGCUUCGAUUCUGUGCUUUCCAUCUUGUAGAGUCACUGUGACUUCAGUUUCGAAAGGAGCUGAUGGUUUACCUGCUUUGUUUUGUCCUUAUUCAAUAAAGGAACAUAAUGUUACACAUUGUGUUUUUAUAU